AUGUCUCACGAAAGCGUCUGGAACUCCCGCCCCCGAAACUACGGCAAGGGCUCUCGCAGCUGCCGUGUCUGCAAGCACAAGGCCGGUCUUAUCCGAAAGUACGACCUCAACCUGUGCCGUCAGUGCUUCCGUGAGAAGGCUAAGGACAUCGGUUUCAACAAGGUGAGUUUGACAUGGAGCGAGUGUACAGCGUGGGGUCUCCAGGCCCUGGCCCAGGACGAUCAACGACGUGCGCGAGUCAGAAUGAACAGGACUGACCCGGCUGCGUCUACAGUACCGAUAAACAAUCCAUCAUCAUGA